UUCGUCUAACGGUUGGUGUGUCGAGUGGUGCAAAAAUGGCGGUGCUUGAAACGAGUAUGACACCUAAGACACGUGAAAAUGCGAAAAAACCGUCAAAAAAUAACAAAAAACAAGCCAAAAAGGUGCUUUUAGUGGCACAAGAGUUAAAACUCGCCCGCGUUUUGGCCGGAAAUAACAAAACAGCGCGAGAUAGGGCGCUGAAAAGCUUACGAAAGUGGUUUCAAAACAGGUCGUCUGCAAUUCCUUUCACUGAAGAUGAUUUCUUACGACUCUGGAAGGGUUUGUUCUAUUCAAUGUGGAUGUCGGACAAGCCUUUGGUUCAAGAAGAAUGUGCCGAGAAUAUUGCAAGUUUGAUUCACGCGUUGCCAGUCGAGGGGGCCUUGUUGUUUUACAAGUGUGGGAUGACGAUUUUAAUGAAUGAAUGGUUUGGGAUUGACCAACUUCGACUAGACAAGUUUUUGAUGUUUGUGCGGCGGCUUUUGAGACAGGCUUUUCUGGUGUUGAAAAACCAAAAUUGGGGGCGUGAUUCAGCCCAGACUUUUACUAAAACACUCUCAGAGACAAUUCUGGACCCCCCACGACACAAACCAAUGGGGCUGCUUAUGCAUUUCAUUGAAAUCUAUCUCGAGGAAUUAUCCAAAGUCUCAGAGGGACAAUUGCCCCCACAGUUAAUGACAGAGCUGUUAGCCCCUUUUGUGAGACAGUUGUCGUUUAGUGACGAUGCUAGAGUCAUUGAUCAUAUCAGGAAACACAUUUUUAUUUAUUUGAUAAGACAGUCAGAUUUGGGCUUGGAAUAUGAUGAGAAAUACAAAGCUUGGCGCGCUUUGAGGUUUCCUGGGACUAUAGACGCCAUGCAAAAAAUCGAAGUCUCGGACGACGAAGGGGGCGAGGAGGAGCCCCCACAAGACAAAGUUUUCGACCCUCGGGCGGGUAAAGUCAACGUGGACUUGCCACAAUUGAAAUUCCACCCAAGAGCUGUGUCUAAAGCUUUACUAGAGUGUAGGUUUUCAAAAGAGACCAAUUCCAAGUCACGGAAGUGUCUAACUGAACUAGCAGAACAUUUUAGGAAAUUAGCAUCAGGGACUUAUCCCCUUGGUGUGAAAAAAGUAAAAUUAGCAUCUGAUGAUUACGAUACGAAUAUUAGAAAAGCAGUUAAUCGUUUAGUAAAGUUCGAUAAGAAAAUCAAAGGCACGAAAAACCGCAAACGAAAGCUCCAAAGUGACACGAUUGAGUUACGAGGCGGGAAAAAAAUCAAAAUCGACGAAAAACUGCGCGAAAAAUUCCAAGACGAUUUAGUUCGAGUCAUGAAAAAGAAACGCAAGUUGGUCGACAAGCCCGAAAGCCCGCCUGAGAAACAGUCCAAACUACAAGUUGAAUCAAUUUUCAAACGUAAUUCCGGGACGUGGUUGGUCACAAAACCCCCUCAAGAAGAAGCGCAAAAAGCGCCACAAGAACUAUUUCCGAAAAAUAAAUGGGAUGAGAGCAACCAUGCAACUGAAGAGGUGGAGAAAAGCUUGAAGAGUAAAAGAUUGAGUUUGCCUACGAAACUAAUCAAAAACCCAUUUGCCAACUCGACUCCGGUCAAGAAAGUCAAAAUCAAUACCAAGCUCAAUAGGUCACAAGACGUGCAAGAGCACCAUGCCCAGAUUUUGAGCUCGCCACAAAUUCCAUACGACGCCAACAAGAAGCCGGCAAAGCCGUUGCUGAAAACUCCGACACUGAAGAGCCCCAUUGAUCCUUUCUAUGCUUUGUAAAUCUAUUUUUUACGUAAUAAAAUUGAUAAUUGUA